GCCUGUGCCGCCCCGUGUCUCCCGUGCGGCAGAGCGGAGAGCAGUAGCUCGGGGCGAUCCGCCCGGAGCGCAGCGCUUGAGCCACCGCCGGCCCCUGUCCCCGCCGCGCAGGCACGGGCAGAGCCCAGGGCUGAAAAGACAUGACAGCUGAAAAGACUAUUCCUAUAAUUAAUGGCAAGCCAGAAGAUGCUUUGGACCCGGAAGCCUCAAGCACCAACCUUGUCCACAGCAACGAUAAGAAAGUUCACGAAAGAGGUCACUGGAACAAUAAAGUUGAAUUUGUGCUUUCUGUGGCAGGGGAGAUUAUUGGAUUGGGAAACGUAUGGAGAUUCCCAUAUCUUUGCUACAAGAAUGGAGGAGGUGCUUUCCUCAUCCCAUAUGUGGUUUUUUUCAUUUGCUGUGGAAUACCAGUAUUUUUCCUGGAGACGGCCUUGGGACAGUUCACUAGUGAAGGAGGCAUUACAUGCUGGAGGAAAGUUUGCCCUCUGUUUGAAGGCAUUGGCUAUGCUACCCAAGUAAUAGAGGCACACCUAAAUGUGUAUUACAUCAUUAUUUUAGCAUGGGCUAUCUUCUAUUUGUUUAACUGCUUUACUACAGAACUUCCCUGGGCUACCUGUGGGCAUGAAUGGAAUACAGAAAACUGUGUGGAAUUUCAAAAACUUAAUAUGAGCAACUGCAGUCAAGUCUCUUUACAAAAUGCCACUUCUCCAGUGAUGGAAUUCUGGGAGUAA